AUGUCUGAAUACACUUUGUCUAUUGUAACGUAUGAACGUGGAGAAAGAUGGGAUGAUAUCAAAAUCAAAAAGCCCUACCACUGGCUCUUUUUCCUCGCGCCCAGCAACCAAACGUCAAAAAUGGGGCAAACUUACCAACUCCGAGGGAUGUCUGGCGGGUUUUACUAUCAAGGAGACGAAGACCUGGAUCUUAAAGAGCCUCCAAGUGCUAAGGAGAUACUUGAAGUUGAGACGAUUCCCGCAGACAAGAUCGAGCGGUUUGGACGGCUUUUGGAAAGCGUCAAAGUCAAAAAUGACGAGUCAUCGAAGUGGAAUUGUCAAAGUUGGAGUCUUGAGGUACUAGAUAUUCUUCGUUUGGAAGGAUUUGUUUCGGAAGACUAUCCCAAUAAUGUUGUUCAGAACUGGUUGCGGGAAGACUAG